AUGUCGGAGAAAAAGACGGCCAUUUCGGACUCAGCCCUCGAGCCAGUUGAGUCCGUCCUCGAGGGCCAGGGCGAACAACAUGGCACAACACAAAGAGGCCUCAAGUCGCGCCAUGCACAGAUGAUUGCCCUCGGCGGCACCAUUGGGACAGGUCUCUUCGUCGGCAUCGGUCAGGCCCUACACAUGGGCGGCCCUCUCUUCGUCCUCAUCGCCUACAUCUGCAUCACCCUCCUCCUCUACGGCGUUGCCACUGCCACAGGCGAAAUGUCCUCCUGCCUCCCCGUGCCCGGCUCCUCCAUCGCCUACUACGGCAACCGCUUCUUCUCCCGCUCCCUGGGCUUCACCCUCGGCUGGGUCUACUGGUACAUCUUCUCCAUCACCGUCCCCGCCGAGAUCACCGCGACCUACAUCGUCAUAAACUACUGGUCGCCGCCCCUGCACAUCGCCGUCUGGCUGACCCUCAUCGGCCUCGUCAUGGUCGGCCUCAACUGCUUCCCCGUCAAGGUCUACGGCGAGGCCGAGUUCUGGUUCGCGAGCAUCAAGGUCUUCGGCAUCAUCGGCCUCCUUAUGCUCUCCGUCGUCCUCUUCUUCGGCGGCGGGCCCUCCCACCAGCCGCUCUGGUUCUCAAACUGGUCCGACCCGGGGCCCGUCAAGGAGUACAUCGUCUCCGGCAACUCGGGCCGCCUCGUCGCCUUCCUCGCCACAAUCACCUUCUCCGUCUACGCCUUCGCCUUCGCGCCCGAGCUCCUCGUCGUCACGGGCGGCGAGAUGGACAGCCCCCGCCGCAACAUCCCCACCGCCACCCGCCGCUACUUCUACCGCCUCAUCACCUUCUACAUCCUCGGCGCCCUCGCCGUCGGCAUCAUCGUGAACUCGGAGAACCCGAACCUCCUCAGGGGCGGCAAGGGCGCCGGCGCCUCCCCCUGGGCCAUCGGCAUCCGCGACGCCGGCAUCCGCGGCCUCGACUCCGUCGUCAACGUCGUCAUCGUCCUCUCCGCCUGGUCCGCCGGCAACUCCUACCUCUACCUCGCCAGCCGCGCCCUCUACUCCAUGGCUCUCGCCGGCAACGCCCCGCGCAUCUUCACGCGCUGCACAAAGUCAGGCGUGCCCUACUACGCCACCGCCGCGAGCGCAUCCCUCUCGCUGCUCGCCUACCUCAACGUCGCCUCCACCGGCGCCACCGUGUUCAACUGGUUCGUCAACCUCAUCAACACCGGCGCCUACCAGAGCUGGAUCUGCUGCUGCGUCGUCUACCUGCGCUACCGCAAGGCGGCCGACGCGCAGGGUGUCGCGGACGUGCCCUUCCGCUCGCGGUUCCAGCCGUACUCGAGCAUCGUUAGCAUUUGCGGGUUUGGGCUGUUGCUCGUGGUGAACGGGUUUAAGGUGUUUCUGGACGGGCAGUGGGACACCUCGUCAUUCCUGACGUCGUACAUUGGCGUCGUCAUCUUCUUUGCGUUGUACUUUGGGCACAAGUUCACCGUGGGCAGGGGCGAUGCGUGGGCGCGGGAUCCGAUGGACGUGGACUUGGAGACGCCUGCGCCGCCAAGGACGAAGUGGUAUCAGAAAUGGAGGGUUUUGUUUGAGUAA